AUGACAUAUCGUAACGCUUUACUGUUCACCUGUUGGACAUUGGUCCAUGCACAACCGUUACCUGCUCCACCUGGAAUUGACGUUGGUGCAUUAACUGAUCAGGCACGACAAUUCAUUGAUCUUUAUGGAAUCGCUGCGCAAUUGAUGAAUUUUGGCGGCUCAAUCAUUAACAAUGCAAAGAGUGUUUACGAUUCUACCGGAUAUGAUGGCAUUUCAAGAAAUAGCAUAUGGUUUCCUAGUGAUAGAAGAAACCCGAAAAUUGGUAACACAUACGGUUCAUUACCAUUUACUGAAUAUGGUGAUCGAGCAUACGGUAAUGAUUAUAGUUCAAUGCAUCCGAUAAAAAGAAGUGGAAUUGAAACAUUGCUGAAUGUUUUUUUAGGCCCAUCGUUUUUUGGACAAACAACACCGCCACCACCAACAGAUUUGGCGAAUUUUUUUAAACCAGAUUAUCAUCAAAGUGAAAACUAUCAUGCCACCGGAGGUUCAAAUAUCGAUCGAUUGAUUAAUUUAUUAAGACGAAGUGGCGCUCAAAGGGCAACACCUAAUCCCGAUAGUUCACCAAAUUUACUUCAGACUAUUUUCGGAAGGAAACGAUAA